UUCCUCCUCUGUAGAGACGCGCUGGAGAGCGAGCGAGCGAGCGCGCGCACUGCACUUCUGCCGCUCAGUCGCGCGCAGCCGGACGCGCUUCUCCUGUUUCCCGCGUAAAUGUAGCAGCAACAGAGGGAGAUUAAGCUGUGGAGGAACAGCUGAAUGAGUUAAGGAGGAGCAGCUGAUGGUGAUGAAGAUGAUGAUGGCUUCCAUUGAGGAGUUCGACCCUCUCCACAGCAGCGUUCCCGCCACCAAGAUAGAAGUGACCGUCUCGUGCAGGAACCUGUUAGAUGUGGACACCUUCUCUAAAUCUGAUCCAGUGGUCGUUUUAUACGUGCAGGGAAUCGGGACGAAAGAAUGGAGAGAGUUUGGCAGGACGGAGGUGAUUGAGAACACUCUGAAUCCAGACUUUGUGAGAAAGUUCGUUUUGGAUUACUUCUUCGAGGAGAAGCAGAACCUUCGCUUUGAUGUGUAUAAUGUGGACUCAAGAAGUUCAAACAUUUCCAAGCAUAAAUCUUUCUUGGGCCAGACCUUCUGCACUCUCGGAGAAAUCAUCGGUUCUGCUGGGGCUCGUCUGGAGAGGACUCUGUCGGGUAUUCCAGGCAAGAAAUGCGGAAACAUCGUCUUUACAGCCGAGGAACUCAGCAACUGCAGGGAUAUUGCCACUAUGCAGCUGUGCGCUAAUAAGCUCGAUAAAAAGGAUUUCUUCGGGAAAUCGGACCCUUUCCUGGUGUUUUAUCGCAGCAAUGAGGACGGAACGUUUACCAUCUGCCACAAGACAGAGGUGAUCAAAAACACUCUGAACCCGGUGUGGCAGUCCUUCACCAUUCCAGUCAGAGCGCUGUGUAAUGGGGACUAUGACAGAACAGUUAAAGUUGAUGUGUUUGACUGGGACCGGGAUGGAAGUCAUGAUUUCAUCGGAGAGUUCACCACCAGUUAUAGAGAGCUGUCUCGAGGUCAGAGCCAGUUUAAUGUGUACGAGGUUCUCAACCCCAAAAAGAAAGGAAGAAAGAAGAAAUACGUAAACUCGGGAACUGUAACGCUCUUGUCCUUCAAAGUGGAGUCGGAGUACACGUUCGUUGACUUCAUCAGAGGAGGGACCCAGCUCAACUUUACAGUCGCCAUAGACUUCACUGCCUCCAACGGUAAUCCAGCCCAGCCCACGUCUCUUCACUACAUGAGUCCGUAUCAGAUGAAUGCGUAUGCGAUGGCGCUGAAAGCGGUGGGGGAGAUUAUUCAGGAUUAUGACAGUGAUAAGCUCUUCCCUGCCUACGGAUUCGGGGCCAAGAUUCCCCCCGACGGAAACGUCUCACACGCCUUUCCUCUGAACUCGGACUGUGAGAAUGCGAACUGCGUGGGGAUUGAGGGCGUGCUGGAGGCGUAUUACGAGUGUCUCAGAACCGUGCAGCUUUAUGGACCCACCAAUUUCGCUCCUGUCAUCAACCAGGUGGCAGACUCUGCAGCAGAUGUGCUGGAUGGAUCUCAGUACUUUGUGCUGCUGAUGAUCACUGAUGGUGUUAUAUCAGAUAUGGUGCAGACCAAGGAGGCUGUGGUCAACGCUUCUUCACUGCCCAUGUCAAUCAUCAUUGUGGGGGUGGGGCCUGCAGAGUUUGAUGCUAUGGAGGAGCUGGAUGGGGAUGAGGUGCGGGUUUCCUCCAGAGGGCGAGCUGCUGAGCGGGACAUCGUUCAGUUCGUGCCGUUCCGGGACUAUAUCGACCGCUCGGGGAACCAGGUGCUCAGCAUGGCCCGCCUGGCCAAAGACGUGCUGGCCGAGAUCCCCGAACAGCUGCUGUCCUUCAUGAAGAGCCGAGGAAUCGAACCCAGACCCGCACUGUCCAACUGUUCCACACCACACAUCACUGUUCAUCUCUAAACACACACACACACACACACAACACACACACACUGCACACCACACAUCACUGUUCAUCUCUAAACACACACACACACACACACACACAACACACACACACUGCACACCACACAUCACUGUUCAUCUCUAAACACACACACACACACACAACACACACACACUGCACAACACACAUCACUGUUCAUCUCUAAACACACACACACACACACACACACACACAACACACUGCACACCACACAUCACUGUUCAUCUCUAAACACACACACACACACACACACACACACACACUGCACACCACACAUCACUGUUCAUCUCUAAACACACACACACACACACACAACACACACACACUGCACACCACACAUCACUGUUCAUCUCUAAACACACACACACACACACACAACACACACACACUGCACAACACACAUCACUGUUCAUCUCUAAACACACACACACACACACACACACACACACACUGCACACCACACAUCACUGUUCAUCUCUAAACACACACACACACACACACACACACUGCACACCACACAUCACUGUUCAUCUCUAAACACACACACACACACACACACACACACACACACACACUGCACACCACACAUCACUGUUCAUCUCUAAAUACACACACACACAUCACUGUUCAUCUCUAAAUACACACACACACACACCACUGUUCAUCUCUAAACACACACACACACACACUACACACACACCACACACACACACUACACAUCAGUGUUUAUCUCUAAACACACACACACACACUACACACACACACACACACACACACUCACACACACACAAACACACACACCACCUUUCUCCUAUCUUUCCCUCUCUCUUCCUUUUCCCUAUCUGUCUGUCUCUCCCUCCUUCUCUUUUUUCUGUCUCUCUGUCUCAGUCACUCUCUUGUGAUUCAGUGUGUGUGUGUGUGUGUGUGCGCUGAGAAUAUUAUGGGCAGCAGUAUUUGGGAUUAGAGGCAAGCAUUUGUUUGCAUUACAAUGUGAAGUCAAGGAUGAGGCAGCCUGUGUGUGUGUGUCUGUGUGUGUGUGUGUGUGUGUGUGUGUGUGUGUGUCUGAGUGUGUGUGGUGUGCGUGUAGGUGUGAGGACUGAGUGUGUGCACAUAAUAUAUUGUGAUAUAUGUAUUAUAAUAAUAAUAAUAAUAUAACAGUGCAAUAAUAAUAAUAAUACUGUACAUCCUGCAUGCGUAUCUGUAACUCCGCCCACACUGAAACUGUGCUGCACUGAUCUUACUGAACUCCAUCAUUCCAAAUCAACACACACACACACACACACACUGCCAACUGCAAGCAGACAAAACACUUUAUAUUUAAUAUCUGUAAUAAAAGUGUAAUUACACAUUAAUAAUUCAUGUAAUAACAGUGUAGGUCUUUGUGAUGAAUUUGCUGUUGGAGGUAAAACAGGUACAGUGAUUCUUUAAGUAGCGAAACAGCAUGUUUUGCCUCCAUGUUAUAAAUGAUUUAUAAAUACUUUGUUACAAAUAUCUUAUGAAUUAUAUAAAUUAUUGAUCGUCACCACCUAUCAAAUCUAUACAUCAAAAUAUUUAGGAUUUCAUUUGUUUUAUGUUUUAAACACCAAUACUUUAAAAAGUGAUGAAUGUAUUAAUAAUAACGAAUUUAAAUAAAUGAGGAAUGUAUUAAUAAUAAUAACGAAUGUAAAUAUAUAAAGAAUGUAUUAAUAAUAAUAAUGAAUGUAAAUAUAUAAAGAAUGUAUUAAUAAUAAUAACGAAUGUAAAUAUAUGAAGAAUGUAUUAAUAAUAAUAACAAAUGUAAAUAUAUGAGGAAUGUAUUAAUAAUAAUAACAAAUGUAAAUAUAUGAAGAAUGUAUUAUUAAUAAUAAUAACGAAUGUAAAUAUA